CUAGAAAAGAAAGUUCAAAUGGUUGUAACAUUGAGGUCUCAUUUCACUAAAAACAUCCAAUGAAUAUUAAAAGGACCAAAGGCAAGUGGAAGCUGAUGUAUAAUCAUGAGGUCAGGCUUCAGGGAGCUGCUGCGGAGGACCUCCGAUGAGUUUGCAACCCUGCUUGGGAGAGUGGAGCCACUGAUCAUCUGACAGGACACCAAUACAAGAUGAGGCGGGCCAUUACAGCCAGGGAGAGGCUCUCCUUGACCCUCAGAUUCUUGGCAACAGAACUUCCUGAUGGCCUGGCAGGUGGGAGGGAACCACAGCUGUGUGUCAUACUACAAAUAUCACUUCCCUGUGAGUUCACUUAAGAACUCUGGCUUACACCUGUUCAGGAGCCGCACUCAUUUUUCAAUAGUCGAUCACUUCUAGAAAGCAAUUCAAGUUCCUGACCUAUCUCUUUCAGUUUCUAUGCAGUGUUGAUUAUUUUAGUUGUGUUCCAGAGGGCCAUGCUGUACAUAGAGUUGAUCAGGCUGUGGGAUGAGGCUGUGCAGGCAAUAGACAGCCGGGACUGGCAGGGUGCUCUCACUAAACUCAACCAGAUCACAGAUCACAACUGUCGCACUAUGUUUGUGGUUGCUUCGACACACAUCGCCCUAGGUCAAGUGGACUUGGCCAUCAAGGCUCUUGACCAUGUAAUCGCAAAGGAUUCAUGUCUUGCUGUGGGAUUUUUUCAGAGGGCUGCUGCUCAUAUGAUGGCAAACAGGCUGGAGGAGGCAUUGGCUGAUUGUAUAUGGGCUCAGAAAUACAUGAGGGAAAAUCCUGUUAUUGACUACAAACAGCUAGGUCUUCGCUAUAAAAUGUAUAGCUGGCAGGUCCUUUAUAAUGCAGCUGCUGUCCACUCUAGACUGCAACAAUGGGACAAAGCCAGAGAAAUUUUGAUGGCAGCCUCACAGGAGAGAGGAGCGGGCCGGAGCAACCUGAUAGACACAGCUCUAGAGGCUAUUUCUAGGAGAGAGGUUUUGGAGCCUCUUCUGGUUCCUGAGGGUGAAGUGUUCCGUCCCAGGAAACAGGAGGUAGACCAGCUUAAACCGAGGGACUUCUUGGGUGAAGCUAAGGUCAUCACUUCUUUGAUUCCAAAUGAUGACUUCAGAGGCUUUGAUCCUCUCAGACCACAGAAACCCGGGUACUAUGAGCCAAAGGUAGAAGAUGGCCAGGAUUCUCGUUACAUGAUAAUGAAGAGCGCAUAUGUGGCAAAAGGGGCAGGGGAGCUAUCGGUGCCUGCAGGAGCAGAAGUGUUUUUGUAUAGUGAUGAAGACCAGGAUGGACUGGCAGUACUCAUUUAUGAUGGAAAGAGAGGUCUGGUUCCGAGUUUCCUGCUUGAACCGAUGGGCAAGAAAAACAAGGGAAAAAACAAGCGAAUUGAACUCGCCAAUGGCAUCCCACAUCCACCAGCUCUAACACCCCCAAAUCGACCCCAAGGUCCAUCUCAACGGUCAUUAGAAUUGCACCCCUUGAAUGCCGGCACUACCCACACAACUCCUCCUACAACCGGCAACUCCACCCACAUCCCUACACAGAAGGCCCAAACUUCCCCUCAGGAGCCUGGAUCAGCCAUAGUCAAGGUGCACUAUACAUACACCAUGGCUCUGAGAGUCCCUUUAGAAACUUCUUUCCAGGAUCUGCAAGACAAAAUCACUCAGAAAUUAGGACAGCCUCCAAUGAACGUUCGCCUCAGACACAGAAGGAAUGGCACCAGAGCACUAACUCCAUUAAAUGGUGAUGAUAGACUGGAUAGCCUGGAGGGUGUAGCUGAAUAUGGACGUGCCCAGAUUUGGUGUCAGAAUGAGGACCCUCUGGUGAACAGGACUAUUCUCUAUCAGAUGGUGGCACUGUAUGACUACAAUGCACAAGGCCCAGAGGAUUUGGAAUUCAGUGAAGGUGACACAAUUGACAUUCUCAGUGAAGUGAAUGAUGAAUGGUUAGAAGGGCAUGUUGCUGGAAGUAUCGGCAUCUUCCCUCGAAGUUUUGCUCAUCAGGAUACAGACAGCAUCAGUUGGGCAUCAACAGAUUGACACAGCCUCUAAACAUCUACAGUGUCUGUAUUAGCCUUCGGUGAAUAAGAACUUUUCCAUGUGCAUCGACAGUCUUGAGGGGUCCAUCUGUUAAAAAUUACAGCAUUUAUCAGAAGUUUUUUUCUAUAUGCCAAUAUGUGACUUCACCUAACUGCUGUUUCAAUGAACACACACAAUAACUUUUGAGCAUUUUCCUGUUCCAGAGGUGUUUAAAAAUUAUUUUCCAUAAUAACAUUUUCCUUGAUAUAUUUUUCCAUUUACUUAAUGUGAUUGUGGCUCUCUUUAAGUGCUUUUAACUGGAAAAUAAUAUGAUUUAGGAAUUUAAGAUGUCUAAAAUGUAUUAUGUAUAUUGGUACUGGAACAUCCAAAUUCUGUGUAAAUUACUGUAAAUGCCAACUGGAAACUCCUGGCUCUCUUUACAGAGUGAGUUCAUUGAAUAUUAAAAGAAAAGGGAGAA